UAUUUGCAUUUUUUCCAAACAUGAAGAAAAUAGUAAAGGAAUAUUGUUCGUCCUGCGACAUAUGUUUGCGCUGUAAGCCAGGCAAACAUAUCCCUGUUCCUCUCUUAAGAUACCCUGAAGUGUCAAGGCCUUUUGAGCGUGUCCAUAUGGAUAUAGUGGGUCCGUAUCCGGAAUCUGAAGGCUUUCGUUACAUUCUUACGGUAGUAGAUGCUUUGACAAAAUACCUUUUUGCAAUUCCAUUAAAGUCUAAGGAUUCAUUAGAAGUCGCGAAGGCAUUUAUGAAUGGAUUCAUUUACAAAGAGGGGACUCCACGUCAAAUCAUUUCUGAUGGGGGAGGGGAGUUCGUUAACGAACUAUUCAAAACGCUAACAAAAGAAUUUGGGAUUGAUAAACGUACUAUUACUCCAUAUCAUCCAAGCUCAAAUGGUCAAGUGGAAAGAGUUAAUGGUACAUUAAAUAAAAUUUUGCGUACGAUGGUCUGGGACAACCCGUCAGUGUGGGCUCGAAUGUUACCUAUGGCAGAGUUAGCUUACAAUACUGCUUACCAUAGGGUGAUAAAAGACACACCUUUUUUCACGCUAAAGCAUCGGGACCCUCAUUUUCCAUAUAUUUAUUUUCAAAGGACACAGCUCCUUGGUAUAAUGUGGAAGAUUAUUUGCAAGAGACGAGAGUCAUGGGCUCAAGGAUUUUUAAGAGAUGCAAAGAACAUAUUGAAGAAGAUAUCCAGAGAAGGCCAAGGGAUCGGCCUUAUGCCAAGCCUUCCCAAAUCAUAGAAGGAGACCGGGUAUAUCUCAAAGCUACUCCUAAGGUGGGGUUGAGCAAAAAGGUGCAGCCUUUAUAUUCUGGACCAUAUAGGGUAAUAGAAAAAAUCAAUGAUGUUGUAUUAAAAAUUAAGAGGAUUGCUGAUGGGAAAGAACGCAAAGAACACGUAGAUAGGUUGAAAUUAGAAAAGUCAUUAGUAAGGGGCCAGGCCCAUAAUAUAGAUAAAGCAUACCCAACAGAAGAAAAAAUUGUAGAAUUUGAGGAUGACGAUAGUUUGGAAACUUUGGAAGUUCCAGAGAAAUAUGUGGAUUUGAGAAAAAAGGAAAACAUGGUGCAUAUUAUUUACGGAGUCGGAAGUAGAAGAAUACAAAGGAGAACAGAUAAGAUAAUAAACAGGGGUUAUAUAUUAAAAUAUACAUACAAUUUCAGAUUGUGGGGAUGACCACAGCCAGGAUGGAGUCCGAAGACUCCCUUGCUCGUUCUGGACUGGUUUUUGUUCCCUAUUCUAAGGUAACUUAUACAUCGACAGUACAGAUCGUUCCUGUCAAGAUAAAACAGGGAAAACAGAUCUCUUCCAAGUGAAUUAAUUAUUUUAAUAACAUUAAAAUCAU